UAGAAACAGCGACAUUGCACAAGACUAGGGUCACAUUUUAAAAGCGACAUGAUAAAGACAAGUUCAUCGCAAAAUAAUGCAGAAUUCUACCAGCGAAUCAUCAGAUCAGGUUUCCCCGCAUGUGAGUAGCGGACAUUACACGGUUACAGUCACGGACACUACAGACUCUUCAGAUCAGGAUGAUUUCGUUCUUGAUCUGUCUUCCUUACCUUGUGAAUCAGACUACUUGUUCGAUGCCCAUAGUAACAGUGAUAAGAAAACUCUCCAGAGAAGCAUUUAUGACUUCGACACAGUUCCUAAGGGAACCAAGAGGAGAUUUGAAGUCGAAGACAUUCCAGAGGUUAACAUUAGCAGUGGAACAAGUACUUCCGGGUAUGAAUCUGACACCGAGCAUGAUGAGGAAGACAUGACAUCGAAGAAAAAGAAGAAGAAAUUAAGAUGCUAUAAAUACAAAGCUCAACGGAAUCCUUCAAUCAACAUGACAAGCGGCGAAAAAAGAAAAUAUUCCGAAGAAGAGAACAUGCAUCAAAAGAAAAAGCGAUUGAAAACGUCACUGCCAGGUGAAUACGACAAGCUCAGUUCCUCUGACACAAGCUCGAGCACUAACAGUGAUUCAAGCAUAUCCACCUCAGAUUCGAGUUCAGAUUCAAGCUCUUCGAGCUCAGAGUCGAGCUCAGACUCUAGCUCGUGCUCUUCUUCAUGCACAGAUUCAAGCUUAGAUUCCUCAUGCUCUGAUAAUGACACACUUAAUCUAGCAAUACCAUACAAAUGCCUCAACUCUAUUCAAGGAAUCAUCCCAUGCGCAAAAUCAUGCGCGUGCAAAGUUGGACAAAGUAGACCUCCCAUUCCAAUUGAAAGGAAUGGACUAUCAAUACAACCACUUUACAAGAAGCUUUUACAGCGUCGUCUGCUCAGUACGACCAAUACAUUUUCACAUACCUGCUGUAACCGGAAGUGUUAUUUAAACUGGGAGCAAAAUAGAAUAUCACUUGGUCGAAUGGUGGACGAUUAUUGUCAGUCUGGCCUCCGCGUCGACCAUUUCUCGUGGGGUCAAUGGAAACAGACACCGGAAGUAGAUGAGAAGAGUGACGAUGACUGGUUCUGGUGAUUUAAGAAGAACUGUUUGUCGGGAUGAAUUCUGUUUAACGUAUAUAUUCAAAUGGUUUUGUUUCGUGUGCAAUAUGAAAAGUUAUAUUUAUUGAUGAAAAUGUAUUAAAUGUUAACUUUU